AUGAGGUUCUUCACAGCCACCGUGCUCGGGUUGCUUGCACCCAGCUUGGCUGCCGCGACCAAUGCAACCACGCCGUUCCGCGUUGCUCUCCCAUCGGACUUUAAACCCGCGCAAGUCUUCCAAAACACAAACGUGGUCCGCAACACCAAUCUAGAGAAGAGCUACGCACGAGAGACUGUCAACCUUGUCGUUGAGAACAUCGACAAGAAGCCCCAGAGCGACUAUUAUGUUCCAUUCCCUGCAGAUGUUUUUGAGCGAGUUGGAGGAUUCGAGGUGCGCGAUAAAAAGGCACCCCAACAAGGCCGCUUUGAAGUGACUGUCACGGAGCCUGUCGCAUCAAGUGAAACACAAUACUUUAUUGUUCAUUUCCCCGAGCCAUUGGCUCCGAAGUCUCAGCUCACGUUAGGAAUUUCGUAUUCCCUCUUGUCCUCAUUGAGCCCUCUUCCGGCCACUAUCAACCAGAACGAGAAACAAUAUCUGUCCUACCGCUUCUCUGCCUACGUGCCUUCCGCCUACCAAACACUUACUCAGAAGACCAAGUUGAAGCUUCCAACCACUGAUGUCCCCGAAUACACCACCACUCAAGGCCUCAAAUCCGGUGCCGAUCCCGAGCGAAAGGGCGCUACGUAUACAUACGGCCCUUACGAUACCGCCAAAGUGGCCCCCGGAACCGAACUCCCCGUUUUCGUUCGUUACGAAUAUACUCACCCUGUGAUCACCGUGAACUUGCUCGAAAGGGACCUGGAAGUUUCUCACUGGGGAGGCAACUUGGCCACGGAGGAACGGUACUGGCUGCGCAACAACGCUUCCCAGUUGACCAACCAGUUCUCACGCGUGGAGUGGACCUUUGCUUCGUAUCAAAAGGCCCCUACUUGUGCCGUGCGAGAGCUCACUUACCCCCUUCUUCCUGGCUCUGUCGACGCUUACUUUAUCGAUGACAUUGGUAAUGUCUCGACGAGCCGUUAUCGCCCUGGCACUGCCAAGACCGGUGCCAAUCUAGAGUUCAAGCCUCGCUAUCCUAUCUUCGGAGGCUGGAACUACAGCUUCAAGUUGGGCUGGAACAACAACCUGUCUUCGUUCCUUCGCAAGACCGCAAAUGCGGACUCGUACGUGCUCAAGGUGCCUUUUAUCCAAGGACCCAAGAUGGCCGAGGGCGUUCAGUAUGAGCAUGUGGUCCUCCGUGUGGUUCUUCCUGAAGGUGCGCACAAUGUGCGUUACGAGAUUCUCGAGGGCACCACCAGCAAUGGGCUGCCUGGACAGAACCAGAUCAAUGCCACUUUUUCCUCACUCAAGACAUAUAUGGACACUCUCGGCCGGACGACUUUGACCCUGGAGGUCGAUAGUGUCACCGACGAGGCCCGCGACUCGCAACUAAUUGUGACUUAUGACCACACACUCAUGGAUGCUCUUCGCAAGCCACUCACCAUCUUCGGCGGUCUAUUGGCUGUCUUUUUUGGCAUCUGGUCCGUUGGCAACCUCGAUGUCAGCAUCAAGAAGCGCUGA